CUUCCACUGCACAAAAGCAUCAAAACGAUCUUACACACAGAAAAUGCCACCGGCGAAGAAAGAUCCACCCACGGUUGCGGAAUCAGUACGAGCGCAGCAGGAUGCCGUGUCAGAGGGAAUUGAUUAUUAUGAGUUACCUAAAGCGCUGGUCCAGCGAAUAGCAAAGAGCUCGAUCCCGGAGAACUCCAAACUGCAGAAGGAAACGGUUACUGCGCUGCAGAAGGGAUCAACUGUAUUUAUAAAUUAUCUUGCUGCAACUGCACAUGACAUCGCGACUUCGCGACAGCAUAAAUCCGUGUCGGCAUCUGAUGUUCUCAAAGCGCUUGAAGUCAUUCAAUUUGGUGACAUGGUCGAGCCAUUGCAACAUGAGCUACAGAUUUUCCGAGAAAACGCAAAGAAUCCGAAGAAAAGUGCGAGUGCAAACAAAGCAGCAAACGCAUCAGGAACAGGAGACAGUGUAUCAGGACGCUCAAAGCCAUCGACUUCAAAGGGGAAGGGUAAACCGGAGGCGGGCCAUGGGCCUUCACCCCUGUCUAAUUCUGUCUCAGCCGCAGACGUCGCUGUCGGUGCUUCAAACACAGAUAUGAACAUUAGUGGUGAGAACGAAGGGCGAGAGGUGGAAGAUGAAGAUGGAGAUGAUGAAGGCGAGGGUGAAGGUGCGGAAGAAGAGGAGGACGAGCUCAUUGAUGAUGUUGAGAUUGAGGAAGAUAAUUUCGACUCGGGCGAAGAACAGGAAGAACCUGUUGAUCGGAUGGCUGUUGAUGAAGAGGAGGUGAAGCAGGAUGUGAAAGCUGCAGACCUUGGUGAUCCUGUUGUUGCCGAAUAG